UAAACAAAAAUUUCCAAUUUUUUUCUUUUUAAUUUCUUUGGGUUUUGUGGGAGUUUAGGUAAUCAAAACUGAAAAACAAUACCAUCUCCUUUCCCAAAACUAGAAAUAUAAAGAAUUUCUUUUCCCUCUCUUUACAAAGCCCAAAGCCCCAUGGUUUACCCCCCCCCCCAAAAAAACACUCUUGAGAAAAGACAUUUCUAGAUCCACAUCAAUACCCGCCUUGAAAAUUGAGUUUUUGGUUAUGGUGUCCAUGUUUCUCUCUCCCAUCUCUGUUCUUAUUUUACAAAGAGAGAGAUUGAAAGAGCUUUCUUUCCCAUUUCCAUCAAUCCCCAUAUCAUAAUAUACUAACUGAGAAAGAAAAGAAAACCAUGUGACCAUUUUUUUUAAUCUCACCUUCAACAAAAGAAGAGAAGAAAAAAAAAUGGCAAAAAGCUUUCUUCUUUCUCUCAAAUAACCCCAAAACCCAAAACACCCUCUUCAUCAUUUCCCACAACCCAAUGCUCCCUCUCCACUUUCUUCAUCAUUUUCAGAUAGAAAAACUUGUGAAAAGUAAUUUCUUUUUUAUUUUUUUAAUGAAAAACAAUAAAGUAUUGUGAUCUUUCUGUUUGGAUAUCUGUCCCUUUCUCUAUCUACAGGUACCUUCUCAAUGACAUUACAUCACUUACUUGUUAUUAACACCCUAUGUUUGAAUUCUAAUGUGUAUUUAUAUGUCUACUCAGCUCCCCCAACACUUUUGCCUAUCAGCUGUUUGAUAUAUUGCCUAGGUGAAAAAAAGUUUCUCUUUUUCAUUUCUUUUUCUUUUCUUUUUUUUCCCCUUAUGUAGAUAGGGAAAAAAAUGUUGUUCUCAUCACAAGCUUCUGUUGUUGUUGGGUGCCACAGUGAUUUAGACUUGAAAGCUCCCAUCUUUUCAUGUCUAUUGACACUGAUAGUUGAUACAUCACUUGGCUUGUUCAUGUCGUCUUUUGACUCCUUAUUUCUCUUCUCUCUUUGCUUUCUUUUUCUCUUCCCUUAUUCCUUGUCAAGCACUGUGUUGAAGUAAAAAUACUCAAAUAUCUUUACUUCUGAAAGAGAGAACAUUUUUUAAAGAGAAACCAAAUGGGGUCUUCUGUAUUAGGAGGAGAAACUUCAAAGAAGAAGGCAAUGUGGCUCUAUCCUAAAGUUAUGGGCUUCACUCCUUCUGAGCGAUGGGGGCAUUCUGCUUGUUUUUAUCAGGGAAAUGUCUAUGUAUUUGGGGGAUGCUGUGGAGGGUUGCAUUUCAGUGAUGUUCUUGUACUAAAUCUUGAUACCAUGGUCUGGACCAACAUGGUAACUACCGGACAGGGUCCAGGCCCGAGAGACAGCCACGGCGCCUUAAUUGUCGGAAACCAGAUGAUAGUUUUUGGUGGUACAAAUGGCUCUAAGAAGGUAAAUGAUCUCCACAUUUUGAAUCUUGGUACCAAGGAAUGGGUACAACCUGAAUGCAAAGGGAAUCCACCGGCACCUCGAGAAAGUCACACGGCUACGCUCGUUGGAGAUGACAAACUGGUUAUUUUCGGGGGAAGUGGAGAAGGCGAAUCGAAUUACUUGAAUGACCUGCACAUUCUAGACCUCAAGACUAUGGUGUGGAUGAAUAUUGAGGUUAGGGGUGAUAUUCCUGUCCCUAGGGAUAGUCACUCUGCUACAGCAGUUGGUCACAAGCUGUUUGUUUAUGGUGGUGACUGUGGAGACCGUUAUCAAGGGGGUGUCGAUAUGCUCGACGUGCAUUCACUAACUUGGUCUAAAUUAUCUGUUCAAGGAUCUUCACCUGGUGUUCGGGCCGGUCAUGCUGCGGUUAAUAUCGCAACGAAGGUGUACAUCCUUGGUGGGGUUGGAGAUAGGCAAUACUACAAUGAUGCUUGGGUGCUUGAUUUAUGUACUUGCUCGUGGACUCAGCUCGAUACGUGCGGUCAACAACCUCAAGGGAGAUUUUCUCACACAGCUGUGGUUGCAGACUCAGACAUUGCCAUAUAUGGAGGGUGUGGGGAGGAUGAACGACCCCUCAAUGAUUUGUUGGUCUUGCAACUCGGAGCAGACCACCCGAAUGGCCGGUACAAUGUUUCGAUGUGCAAAAUUUUUGGAAAACACUGGAAUAAUCAAAGUAAGAAUUCUUUAAGAGAAGAUCAGAGUGGCAUGAAGACUAAGCUUAUGGGGAACAACAUAGAGUUAGUUAGAAAGGAAGAUCAUGAACCAAAAUUGGAGACAAAACACUCAACUCAGUUCAUGUCGGAGACAUUACAUCCAAAACGGAGGAGAACCAUGAAUCCAAAACUGUGGGAGGUUGAAUCCGAGCAAGAGGAGCAUUCUUUGUCGUUAUCCCAGCAUUCAUCUCCAUCACAAUCAGAUCAAGAACAGACCCCAGUCCGAAAAGUCUCUGAUUCAGUAACAAGCACCCAAGGAUUACGACUUCUUAAGCGUGUGAAUCAUAGCUCAAUUAGCGAACCUUACAGCAUUUCUAGAACACAAACUGAGUUUCGAAAUGUUGUCCAAACCGCCCCACAGCAAGAUCUUUCAUAUUUCGGACACCAGAAUCCACUAAAGACCGAACAGCAGCAGCUUCUCCAUGUUGUUCGUCCGGUGAAAGAUCACAAGUCCUUGGAGACUGGCCUCAUUCAAAACUUGAUUGGAUCAGAGGUUCGAGGAAGAGUUGACGGCGCCUUCGACUCUGGCUUCCUGAUGACUGCUACUGUCAAUGGGAAAGUAUAUAGAGGUGUCCUGUUCACACCUGGACCUGGGGUCUUCUCAAGAGCCAGCAUUGUUACAGAGAGUCCACCUCUUUCGACAAACACACUCCCGAUCUCAAAUCACGUAGAACAGUCAAAGAACUCGCAGCAACGACCGUCGAUUCCAAUGCCCGAGUCAGCUCAGAGCUUUAGGCAAGCUCAACUCAGUCCUCCUCCUGUUCCAAUCAUAAAACCAACUCCAUCUUCAUUGCCAGUCAAGCUUAGAGAUGAUCUUCAGGGUAUGUUUUUAACAUUAGGAGGACCUGGAAAUGGCUCUGCUUGAGAAUGAGAUCAAACAAAAAAGAAAAAAAAAAUGUGUAAAGGCAUAUGUUGGAAGAAAGGAAAAGGAAUGAGAAAAAGUUUGUAAACACAGUUUUGUAUCUUGAAAUUUUAGGGAUCAUCACAUUUAAAAAGGAUCCACUUGGUAAUUUUCA